AUGGAGGACGACGAACUUCAAGCGAUAAGAGCUAGACGCUUAGCUGAAUUACAAGCUAAAAGCGGUGGCUCUCAACCUUCUCAGGGCGGCUUCCCAAGUGCUGGAGGCGCCUCCAAAGAUGAUGCAGAGAAAAGCCAAAUGGAAGAAAUGCGUCGCAAUAUGUUAUAUCAAAUUUUGGAUAAUUCAGCUCGUGAAAGAUUGGGUAGAAUUCAGAUGGUGAAGGCAGACAAGGCACGCGCAGUAGAGGAUUUGCUGAUCAGAAUGGCUCAAACAAACCAAUUAAGAAGCAAAGUAACUGAAAAUCAGUUAAUUGAUCUUUUGGGUCAAAUCAAUAGACAGGAAAGUAGCGCUACAUCAAGCCGUAUUGUAUAUAACCGCAGACACUAUGAUGACUCUGAUGAAGAAUAUGAUAUAUAAUAUGAAAUAAACACCUCCCUUUCGUGAUGACGAUGAUGAUGGUGUACAAUGCUUGUAUUGUUUCAUUUCAUGUUGUGUAUUUUAUGUAAAGGAGAUAUCCUAAUGUAUUUACUUUACAACAACGGUUCAAGUUCGGUUAAAUAUGGGUAAAUCCAAGAUUUCUAAGAAAGUAUUCAAGCAGCAAACAACCCAGGAAUCAUAUUAGUGGGAAAAAAAAAA